CCAGGAUGGCCACUACCACCACCACCCACCACUACCAAUACCACCACCACCACCACCACCACCACCACCACCACCACUAACUGCCUCCUCCUCUACCAUCACUGCCCAUCCAUCCAUCCAUCCACCCAUCCUGCCAUCCAUCCAUCCCUCCCCAUCCCUCCCUUUCAUUGCUCUUUUCCUACCACCCACCCCCAUCACCAUCCUGGGAUGUUGCAUGGCUCGAAAGAGACAGCCAGAACUGUGAGCCAGAGAAAAUGGCCGGAGGAAUGUGUGGUGGCCGGUUCACUUGCACGGCAAGAGAACUGAACUGGAUGGAAAUCAUGGAUGACAUGGGUCGGCGGCCACAGCGAGAGACAGCAACCAGCUAAAGUCUUCUUGCCGGAUCCCGCGCCCUGUCUGUCGUACCUCCCCUCCCCCCAAGUUGAUCUUCCCUUUAAGCUCAUAACGCCCACACCACACGCACACGCACACACCCCCCCCUCCACCCCACACAUAACAUAUCUAUCUCAUAUCUGGUUCUCUGUCUGCUGUUCGCUGUUCUUCGAUUUCUUUGGCUUCGAAAGCAAAGAACCCCCCCCCCCCCCAUAUACAUACAACCAACUAUCAACCUCCUACCCACCCUCCCUUAACCUCCCGACAUCCCACCCCCCCGGUCCCUCAAACAGUCCGCAAUCCCAAAUACAUCUACCAAGACAUCCCUCGCUCAACUUCCUAACCACCUCAACUACCUCCAACAACACCACCACCACCCCAGUACAUAUAUACAGCGAAAGAAACACUCCUCGCCCUCUCCUCCGUUGUUCCAACUCUCUUUUCACGAUAACUCCACCUCCUCCCCCUUGUGCCGAUCGUACCAGAAUUCCAGGUCCCCCAUUCCCCUGCCACGAGCACUCAGAGAUAUCCCGUAUCCCGCCCUUACCCGCCUGCCACUCCGCCGGUCCGCCUACCUCGGUGUUGAUUCAUCGUCGUCAUUGGUUGUCUGUAACCCCUUCCCAUACCUCCGGCGCAUUGCUUUCAACGAAGAAAUAUAUUCCUCCCCCCGUCAAGCACGGUCCACUUCGGUAUUCCAAGUCCCCGUCAGAUAUACGGUACGGCAGCCCACUCCUACAAUUUAGGCGGUUAAGCGCUAGAUACCUACAACACCCAUCCACCCCCGGUUCGACUCGACCGCCGCCGCCAACUCUGUCUGUCGUCUGUAUGCCGAUAUCCGUGCUAACUCGGUUGUUCGUCUAUAGACUGCCCUUCGAACUUCACCGUAGUCCAUUUCGUCGAUCCCCGCAAUUUUUCACCUCUCUUUCUCCAGCUUCGAAAAUAUUCAAAAGCCCUUGACAGGUUCCGCCGGUCGAUCUCUUGCUAGGUGAAUGCUUGAAGGUAGUUGGAUCGUCACAGUGUCAAGCUUCCACCCUCGACUACAACAACAACACUCAACCGAU